CGUGGCCAGAGGUGAAGCACAUUGUUUCGCGGCAUGUUUCAUAUUUGUGUUGAAUGAGAAGAAAGUUGUUGUUUUUCUGCACAGUUGAUAUUUCCUAUAUUUAACUGGAACGAUCUUGCGCGCAUUGUAUCUGGAGAAAGAUAAGAGUUCAGUUGGUGUGUAAAUGGCUGGAAUUCUGUUCGAGGAUAUCUUCGAUGUGAAGGAUAUCGAUCCAGACGGGAAAAAGUUUGAUAGAGUGUCUCGUCUUCACUGUGAAAGUGAGUCUUUCAAAAUGGACCUGAUCCUUGACGUGAACAUCCAGAUUUAUCCCGUUGAUCUCGGUGACAAGUUCAGACUGGUGAUCGCCAGCACGCUGUAUGAGGACGGGACGCCAGAUGACGGGGAAUACAACCCUCAGGAUGACAGACCGUCCAGGGCUGAUCAGUUUGAUUAUGUCAUGUAUGGAAAGGUUUAUAAGAUUGAAGGAGAUGAAACCUCAACAGAAGCGGCAACACGACUAUCUGCAUAUGUGUCUUAUGGAGGUCUGCUGAUGCGACUUCAGGGAGAUGCUAAUAAUCUGCAUGGUUUCGAAGUGGACUCCAGGGUCUAUCUGCUUAUGAAGAAACUUGCUUUCUGACUGUGUCUCCUGUCCUGUAGUUACACUCGCUUCUAUGGACUGAGAAAACGGGAUUUUUAUUAUUAUCAUUUCUUUCUUGUUUUUCUUUGAGGUUUUCCUGUUGUGGAAACUGAUCUGGAAACUGUAGCCCAUGGUAAAUUACGUAACAAAUAAUAUAUAUGUGGUUUUAUAUUCAAAUCAAAUGAUUGCUCAGUUGUUAAACUACUUUCUCAUUUCAUCUAGUGCAUGUGCACUGCUUUGGCCAAACGUAUUGAUUGAAUCCCUGUAGAAUCACAUUAAUGACAUCAGAGACAUUUUUUAUUUUGUAUGCUUCUUUUCUUUUAAACCGUGUAUCAGUAAA